AUGAAGAGGAGUAGCAGCUUCCUUCUUGCUUCGGUGCCAUUGCUGUGCCUGCUGUCCGUCCUGUCCGCCGUCACCGUACAGAGCUUUUCAAAGUCGCACCAUAUUGUUACGUUUGGUGGCGCCGCGUGGGGCCCUGUGGUGAGCGAAAAGGAGGUAGAGCUCAAACGAGCGAUUGUUGCAGACGUUGGGACCCAGCUGCUGCGCAAGUACGCCUUUUUGACCAUCAUCAAUGUGAGCUCCCUGUCCGUUGGUGGGCACUUCGAGGCUCGCCUCACCGUGAUGCAGGCGCUGCGGAGCAAUAGUUCCAGUUCGCGGCUUCUGCACAUUUGGCCGCCAGAUGAAGUCAAUUCCAUGAUCGCUCAGGGUGUGUUCAACAAAACAUUGGCGCUCCAUACGCCGUCGGAAGCGGCAAAUCUCAUCAGUGUGCAGCUCAACGAGAAAGGGGUAAUGAAGAACGGUGAACAGGUUUUUCACCGAGAAAUGACCUUAAUAGCCCUUGUCACUGGUUCUUGCAUGCUGCUGGUGCUUAUUCCUGUGCUUGUCUGGAUGUGUUGCCAGUGUUGUAGCGGCAAGCAUGCCGGAAGAAGUCAUCAACCGUUUCCGCAUCCUACUCCGGAUGCGAUAAAUGAUUGA